CACUUAACUAGCAGAGUUGUAUGUUGAAAUCGGAUAAUCCAUCGGAAGUAUUUGAGUCUAUCGAUAUCUUGAUUUCAGCUGCUUUGAUCGCUAAUAUUGAUAAUACGAGCGUAUGUGGAACGAAUCCGAUAAUGUCUACGAAUGUUACCGAUUCUGAGCCAUAUUUUUUUUAUGCCUUAAUCAUUGAAAACUGUCUCGUCGGCGUCGCAGUUAUAUUCGUCAUUUGGGAGCAUAUUGACCGCUAUCUCGAAGUUAUCAAUGACGAAGAAAUACGUCCGGAGGCUGAUCUAUCCCGCAGGGUAGCAACGAUGGCAGCGACGCAACGCGGUAACCGCGUAGACAGCGCAGUUGCAUCUAAAGGCCUUUGCGGUUUGCUGGUCUUGGUGGCAUCAGUCAUCUGCUUGACUUAUUCGGUGGAUGUUUCUCUCUUCGCGCUGAUGGUGCUUACUAUUCUGGCAACUCUGAUUGGAUUUAAACGUGGUAGUAAAAUGAGAUGGAGCGCAGAUCCUCCCUCCUAUACCGAGCCUAUUCACAGGAUGCAAUCGUUGGAGUUCCAUUCUGAAGAGCAGUCGGACUUGAAUGAUAUCCUCCUACGCCUGUCGGCGUUUGGCCAGUUAACAUAUGCCGUGUUCAGUGUGGUUGCUGGUGGAAUGGGAGCCAACAUGACGCAAGAACCAAAUUUUCUUAUAAUGUUUACGGGAACCUUGACCGUACUACAGGCGCUUCUUCAACUACACUUCAUUGCGGAUGUGUCCAGGCGUAAAGUACCUCUUCCAGAACAAGAGUGCGGCAAGCCAGCCCGUCAAGCCGUCAACUUCCUGCUCAUCUGCAACGUUAUCAUGUGGCUCAUAUACACCAUUAAGGCUCAGCAAGAUCUGGAUAGCCCGGUUGAAUUCGACAUGAACGGUUUCGUCGCCUGGUCCGUCGUACAACGCUUUACUCUGCCCCUCUGUGUAUUUCAUUGCUUCCACUCCGCCAUGACCCUCGGCAAUAUCUGGAACAGCAGCAACAAAACUCGAGUUGAUUGAAUUCACAUCCAUGAAAAUGGAUAAACUUUAGUUGCCGUUGAACCUACUUGAACCUAUGCCUACUUGAACAGCAAUUGUAGUUUAUCAAUUUCAAUAUAGGUAUAUUAAGCGCAGGUAGAAAAAUGGCAGAUUAAACUCCCGGAUAUAGCAGCCGAUGUUAAGAGCUACUGAUUAUGGAUAAAAAAAAUCAUAAAAAUCGGUCGAGCCGUUUCAGAGGAGUAACAUUGUGGAACUAACAUUGUGGCACAAGAAUUUUAUAAAUAUAGAGAAGAGAUAGUUCAAAUCACAUUAACAACGUAUUAAGAAAGUUUUCAGACGUAACAAGAACUUUUAAUAAUGGCCAUUAAUUUCUAAGGCCUUCAUCAAACACGACGCUCUCCAAUUUCAAAAAGUAGUUGCGUAAGCAUUUUAAUAUUAAAGUUUCAAAAAUGUAUUUGCCAACAUAUUAUUUAAGAUAAGUAGAAUGUGGAUGUUACGUACGAAUAGUAUUUAGAUGUUGUAAGUACUUAAUAAGCAGAACAUCAAAACACAAGGAGUGCAGGAAUAUGACGGAUACUGCUUAACCACAUUGAGUAUAUAUUUUGAUUGCAAGGGGCCAUACAAUACAGUUUUUUUAAUACAUCGCUAACAUUUUAUAAGCUCUAUAUUUAGCAUUGAAAUUGUAUAAAUCUAGUUUUGUAUUUGCUGAAAGGGUAAAAUUAAUUGUUGACCUUUUUUUGUAAAUUU